AUGCGCGUGCUUUCCGUGUUCCUGGCCAGUAGCCUAGCGCUCACCGACGCACUCAAGUCGCUGACCGAGUACAAGCGCGAGUUCUCCGCCUGGAUGGAGACGCACUCGAUGACGUUCUCGAGCGCGCUCGAGUUUGCGACGCGUCUGGAGAAUUACAUCGCGAACGACCUGUACAUCCUCGAGCACAACGUGGAGAACGCGUGGACCGGCGUCACGCUCGGCCACAAUGCGUUCUCGCACCUGUCGUUUGACGAGUUCAAGCGCCAGAUGACAGGCCUCGCCCUGCCGGACGGAUACGUCGAGCAGCGAUUGGCCGCGCGCGUGGAGAAGCUCUACACGAACGUGGAGACGCCCGACACGUGGGACUGGCAGGAGAAGGGCGGCGUCACGCCUGUCAAAAACCAAGGCAUGUGCGGGUCGUGCUGGGCGUUCUCGACCACGGGUGCUGUCGAAGGCGCCGCGUUCGUAGCGAGCGGGAAGCUGCCGAGCUUGUCGGAGCAGGAGCUCGUAGACUGUGACCAUAAUGGAGACAUGGGCUGCAGUGGGGGACUGAUGGACCACGCGUUUGCGUGGAUUGAGGAGAAUGGCGGGCUGUGCAGCGAGGAGGACUAUGACUACAAGGCGAGGGCUCAAGUCUGUCGCAAGUGCGAGAAGAAUGUGGUCAAGGUGACGGGAUACCAGGACGUAAAUGCGCAAGACGAAGAAGCGCUGAAGGUUGCAGUGGCGCAGCAGCCUGUGUCGGUGGCAAUUGAAGCAGAUCAGAAGGCGUUUCAGUUUUACAAGACCGGCGUGUUUAACUUGACGUGUGGCACGCAGUUGGACCAUGGCGUGCUCGUGGUGGGGUACGGCAGUGAGGACGGGCAGAAGUUCUGGAAGGUGAAGAACUCGUGGGGAUCGUCGUGGGGAGAGCAAGGGUUUAUCCGUCUUGCCCGCGAGGAGCAUGGACCCGCUGGACAGUGCGGGAUUGCUUCGGUGCCCAGCUACCCGUUUGCGACGCUCAUUUCAGACAUAGAGACGGAAGAAAUCGAGAAGGCGGAAGUCCGUGCGGACGACGUUGUGGAAUCGUUCCCGGCUGUGGAGGUACCUGACUUUCGUCUUGUAAACCUCGCUAACUUGUUUUCGUCUGCUCGUAUCACGCAGUGUGGUGACGUUAGCAGCGCAGUGAUUGAUUUUGACCACUUGGAAGUGUCUCCGACAUCUCCUCAGCGCGGUCAGCCGGUGUCGAUUUCCGGCAAUGGUGACGCGAAGCAGGAUUUUUCGUCGGCAUCUUUCAAGCUUGGUGUUAAGCUAGCUGGGAUGCAGGUGUUCGGCCACACCGGCAAUCUGUGCGGCGACACGCACAUCGCUCUUCCUCUUGGUCUGGGCCACAUUGACGUUCAUGGGUUCGCAUGCCCCGUGGCCAAGGGCAAAUCUACGGAUCUGAAGGUGGACGUGAAUCUGCCGGUCAUUGCGCCCGCCGGCAACUAUGAGAUCCAGCUGACUAGCGACGACGGCAACAGCAGUCCGCUGUUCUGCGUGAGCAUUGAACUUGAUCUGACCGGUGCGAAGGAUGUGUCGGCGAAGCCCCUCGUGUACGAGCCUCUGGCGUUCAUGUAA